AUGGCAAUUGAAAUGAAAGCUCUGAAUAAGAAUUCCACAUGGGAAAUGAAACCUUUACCACAAGGCAAGAAGCCAGUUGGAUGUAGGUGGAUAUUCACCAUUAAAUACAAAGUUGAUGGAUCCAUAGAUCGAUACAAAGCCAGAUUAGUGGCUAAGAGGUAUACGCAAACAUAUGGAAUCGACUACCAAGAAACAUUUGCACUUGUUCCCAAGAUCAAUACUAUACGUGUUCUCAUUUCUUUGGUUGCAAAUAUUGAUUGGCCACUAUUUGCAGUAUGA